AGCGCCUCGCCCUCGAGGAAAUCUCAUCCCUGUCAUUCAACGAAAUUCACCGUUCCAAGAAUGUCAUCAACAUUAUUUGCCUUCGUGGAAGACCAAAUUCGCACACAAUACGCACUCUACCUGGCGGAACGAUGUGCCCACCAGGGCUCCGGCAGUGGCCGAAAAUUGAAUCUGGUCCGCCUAAAACUGCGCCAGCUUCCACCGGCGCUGGCCGAGUGCACAUUCCUGGCUAAACUGUCCCUCGACGGCAAUUUGCUGUCGUCCGAAUCAAUCCUGGUCCUCGAAUCGCUCAAGUUUCUCCGGUACCUGACGCUGAACGACAACAAAUUAUGUCGAUUCCCGGAGGAGCUCUGCCGGCUCAAGUUUGUCGAGUUCCUGAACGUCGGUGGCAAUCCGAUAGACGGCCUUCCCGAAGCGAUUGGGAAAUUGAAAAAUCUCAUUUCCUUGUGGUGUAACGACAUGCUGCUGGAACAGCUGCCCGAGGCGCUGGGCUCGCUUCGGAAGCUGCGAACCUUUGGUGCACGGAACAAUCGACUGACCGGACUGCCGGACUCAUUUGGCACUGGGACGAGGAGGUUACGAUGGCUCACGUUGGCAGGAAACCGCAUCGCGAAUUUACCAGAAUCCUUUGGACAAUUGACCAACCUGACGCAUCUUAGCUUGGCCGGUAAUUGCUUGCGCGAAAUUCCUGAGGCAAUUUUGCAGCUUCAUCGUUUGAAGUAUUGUUCUUUGGUGGACAACGCGAUUGGACACGUUGACGCGACACUGCUGCUAGAGUUGAGCCACGUUGGGAAACUUGAUCUGAGCGGAAACUUGAUAGAUGCCGAGAUAUUGCAAAACUUUCAACCAAGCGGAAUGAACUACCAGUUCGACCUAACUCAAGAAAACGUACCCGCAGACUGGGAACACAGUCUUCCAAACAGUGCAAUCAAUUCACCAGACUCCAGCGACUCGGAAGAUACCGAUGUGGAACUUGUCGAGCUCAACUUCCUGGAACUGGCCAGAUAUUGCUGCACUAGCUGAGCAUGUCGAACCGGGCACUUUGAUGCUCAGAUCUGUCGCCCAUCUGCCCUCCUCUGAGAGAUACUGCGGGUGAUAUGUCUGGCCGGCUUCGCAUAGCACCGAUAUCUGAGGUUCCCACCGGGGUGAUGCAGCCUGCAGGAAG